GCGGCGGUUGGCGAUGGCGGCUGCGGUGGGGAUGGGGCAGCAGUGGGUGCUGGUGGAGAUGGUGCAGGCCUUCUAUGAGGCUCCUGCUUACCAUCUUAUUUUGGAAGGAAUUCUAAUACUGUGGAUAAUCAGACUUCUUUUCUCUAAAACCUAUAAACUUCAAGAACGGUCUGACCUCACACCUAAGGAAAAGGAAGAAUUGAUUGAAGAGUGGCAACCAGAACCUCUUGUUCCUCCUGUAUCAAAAGAUCAUCCAGCUCUCAACUACAGUGUUGUUUCAGGCCCCCCAAGUCAUAAAAUCAUAGUGAAUGGCAAGGAAUGUAUAAAUUUUGCAUCAUUUAACUUUCUUGGACUUCUGGAUAACGAAAGAGUGAAGAAUGCAGCCCAGGCAUCUUUGAGGAAGUACGGCGUUGGCACUUGUGGACCUAGAGGGUUUUACGGCACUUUUGAUGUACACUUGGAAUUGGAAGAUCGACUAGCAAAAUUUAUGAGGACAGAGGAAUCUAUUAUAUACUCAUAUGGAUUUGCCACAAUUGCCAGUGCUAUUCCAGCAUAUUCAAAGCGAGGGGACAUAGUGUUUGUAGAUGAAGCUGCCUGCUUUGCUAUUCAGAAAGGAUUACAGGCAUCGCGAAGUAACAUUAAGUUAUUUAAACAUAAUGAUAUGGCUGACCUUGAGCAACUUCUGAAAGAACAAGAGAUUGAAGAUCAAAAGAAUCCUCGUAAAGCCUGUGUAACUCGAAGGUUUAUUCUGGUGGAAGGGCUAUAUAUGAAUACUGGAGAUAUUUGUCCUCUUCCAGAAUUGAUAAAAUUGAAAUAUAAAUAUAAAGUGAGGAUUUUUUUGGAGGAAAGUCUUUCUUUUGGAGUCCUUGGAGAACAUGGACGAGGUGUUACGGAACACUUUGGAAUAAAUGUGGACGAUAUAGAUCUGAUUAGUGCAAACAUGGAGAAUUCCCUGGCUUCUAUUGGAGGAUUUUGCUGUGGAAGAUCUUUUGUUAUUGACCAUCAGAGAUUGUCAGGUCAGGGUUACUGCUUUUCAGCCUCUCUGCCUCCCCUACUAGCUGCUGCUGCUAUCGAGGCCCUCAAUAUCAUGGAGGAGAAUCCAGACAUUUUUCAGAUUUUACGAGAGAAAUGCAAACGGAUUCAUAAAGCUUUACAAAGAAUCUCUGGUCUAAUAGUUGUGGGAGACUUAUUUUCUCCAGCAUUACACCUUCAGUUGGAAGAGACCAGUGGAUCUCGAGAGAAUGAUAUGAAGUUACUCAAGAGAAUUGUAGAUUAUUGUAUGAAUAGAAGUAUUGCAUUAACUCAGGCCCGCUAUCUGGAGAAGGAAGAGAAAUGUCUUCCGCCGCCGAGUAUUCGAGUAGUGGUAACAGUGGAACAAACAGAAGAAGAAUUGGAUAAAGCUGCAUCGAUUAUCAGGGAAGCUGCACAGUCUGUACUGAAUUAAACUGCUGAUUUGGAUAUUUGUAUCCUGACAUUAUGAAAAAAAUGUUUUCCACUGUAUGGUAUCUUGGCAUCCACUCAAAGGUUCCAGCUGUUUAUGGCUCAACCAUUGAUGGAUUUGAAACUUUGAUUAUUAACACGGUCAUUCCAGAAUCAUGUAGCUCUGGUGAGGGGAAGAAUGAUGAAUUUUGGAAUUACUAAAUGACAUACACCAUAUGUAAAGAGUACAAACUCUACUUAUAGUACUGUUUUAAAUUGAAUAUCAUUAUUGUACAGCAGUAUUUUAUAUUGAUUUCCCCCCCCCCCUCUUUCGUAAAGGCCUUACACUUUCCUCAGUCCCCUGAAAAUCUAAACACUCCAUUUCUCUCAAAAGAUUGCUGAGCAUUAUGAGAAUGUAGGAACUUUUUUAAUAUAAUCUCGAUAAAGUAAAUUUAAUUUUGUUAG